AUGGCACAGGGGAAGCUUUGCGCAGCCAAUCCAGUUCAUGGUCGAGGCCCCACCGUGACAAGGCUGGUGAAGAAUACGAGAGCGGAAGCGGUAGAAGUCUUACAUCUACCCCAGAAUCCAGAAAUUAUUUUGAACCAGGAACAAUCUAGGAAGAUGAGCCAGAUUAGGACGUGGCACCGCAAAGCAUUCAGCCUCAAUCGCGAGUCGUCAAAGCGCAGGGGAUAA